AUAUUCCUUAAACCCUAACAAAAUCUUAUUCUUCUUCAAUUUUUUUUACACUGAGAAGAGAAGGGAAGGGGAGAAACAAUAAACAUGAGUUUAAUUGCAGGUUCUUACGAAAAAUUCAUCUGGGGUUAUAGGCUUAAACCCUUAAAAGACUCUUCUUCGUCUUCUUCUUCAACCCUAACCCUAACCCAGCUUUUUUCCUAUCCCUCCCAUCUCGCCCCCAUCACAACCGUCGCCGUUUCCGGCACCGCCGCGGCUUCAGGCUCCACUGACGAUACCAUCCACCUCUACGACCUCUCGUCUUCUGCCUCUCUCGGCGCCCUUCACCUCCAAGACUCUACCUCUGUAACCUCUCUUGCCUUUUACACUCCACCCAAUCUCUCUGUACCUCGCAACCUCUUAGCGGCGUCCGCUGAUGGAUUCGUUUCGAUUUUUGACGCCGACCCUUUUGUUCUUUUGAAGUCCAUUAAGGCCCAUAAGAAGGGAGUCAAUGAUUUGACCGUUCAUCCUUCUGGGAAGCUGGCGUUGAGUGUUGGGAGAGACGAGUGCUUGGCUAUGGUUAAUUUGGUGAGAGGAAGGAGGAGUUUUUAUCAUAAGUUGGGCAAAGAAGCAAGCUUGAUUAAGUUUGAUUUGAGUGGGGAUAAGUUUUUUAUGGUUACAGAAGAGAAGAUAGGGGUGCAUCAAGCUGAAGAUGCAAAGUUACUGUGUGAAUUGGAGGGAAAUAAGAGGGUUCUUUGUGCUGCACCUGGAGCGAAUGGAGUUCUACUUUCUGGUGGUGAGGACCGUAGUAUCACAGCCUGGGACACAAACAGUGGCAAGGUAGCAUAUUGCAUUGGAGAUGCCCAUUCUGCCCGUGUGAAAGGUGUUGUGGUACUCACUAAGAAUGACAGUGGCGAUGCUGUUGAUGAUCCAUAUCUAGUGGCAUCGGCAUCCUCAGAUGGGGCUAUACGUGUGUGGGAUGUCCGCAUGGCCGUUAAGGAGAAGUCAAUUCCGUUGGCUGAGGCUAAAACAAAUUCAAGGCUGACUUGUCUUGCUGGAUCAUCUAUCAAAUAUAUUGGAAAAAAGGCUCCACAAGAGAAGCAGAACAAGAAUGGAGCUACAGAAGAUUCAUGACUUAAAAGAAAGGAUGAUUUAGGAAAUUGACUUGAGCAAUUCAAAAGGGAUUCUGGGAUUGUGAAGUGCAUCAUGUUCCUCAAAUUUCCUGCCUGGCAACGACUACAAUUCAAUUUUGACAGCUUCGAAACUUGUCUGCACCAAUUUUGACAUAUGUAUCAUUGGUUUCAAAGGUAAAAAAUUAUUUGAUCAAUUCUGCUAUACGGUUGUGAUGAAAACAAUGAAAGGUUAAUUUGAGUAUUAGUAUAAUGCUUCUGUAAGUGGACUUUAGUAACCAAAAAAAUAGUUCUCUGAGAAAAUCUAAAUUUUGUUGUUGGCAACCAUUUUACUCAUGCCUAUCUAUUAGUAGAAGUGCAAAUUUUAUGUGA